AGUGUUAUGUGCCGAUGUAUGUGUAAUGAGGUUGUUUACAGGCGUUACAGGUGAUUCUGGUCAUCGUAUUCACAGCUGUACGUUCGAGAAAAACGUAUAUGACAUUAGUCGCAAGAUUGUGUAGAUCUUGAUUUUACGAUUGAGUUUCGAAAAUGAGGAUCGCUGUGGAAGGUUGCGCUCAUGGCGAAUUGGACAUUAUUUACGAGACUAUACAGGAAAUUGAAAAAAUCGAUGGAAGGAAGAUAGAUCUGCUUAUUUGCUGCGGUGAUUUUCAAGCUACCAGAAAUUUAAGUGAUCUAAAAUGUAUGGCAGUAUCGGAGAAGUACAAGGAUAUGUGUACAUUUUAUAAAUAUUAUUCUGGUGAAAAGGAAGCUCCUAUAUUAACCAUCUUUAUCGGAGGCAAUCAUGAAGCAUCAAAUUAUCUACAGGAAUUGCCAUAUGGAGGAUGGGUUGCACCUAAUAUUUAUUAUCUUGGAUACGCAGGUGUGAUACAAGUAGGUGGGAUUAGAAUUGCAGGACUUUCGGGUAUAUACAAGAGUCGACAUUGGAUGCAGGGACGUUAUGAGAAGCCUCCCUAUACUGAUAGUACCAUAAGAAGUGUCUAUCAUAUCAGGAAUUUAGAAGUGUUUAGAUUAAAACAGCUAUCUGGCAAAAUUGAUAUUUUUUUAUCACAUGAUUGGCCGGCAGGAGUAACAAAAUAUGGAGAUGAAGAUAUAUUGCUGAAACGCAAACCAUUUUUUAAGGAUGACAUAGAAAGCAAUACGCUUGGCAGUCCUCCGUGUAUGGAACUGCUAGAACGUCUUUAUCCAUCCUACUGGUUUUCCGCGCAUUUGCAUUGCAAAUUCGCAGCACUUGUUCCCGAGAAGAGAGGAGCACGAGUGACAAAGUUUUUAGCGCUGGACAAAUGUCUGCCGAAACGGAAAUUCCUACAAGUGUUGGAGGUGCGCUCGCAGGAAGACAGUCCAAUACAAUUGAACUACGAUCUAGAAUGGUUAACGAUACUUUAUCUGACAAAUCAUCUGCUGAGCGUUAAGAGCAGUAUCCAUUAUAUGCCCGGUCAGUACGGCAGCGGCAGAUGGACGUACACACCCACGGCAAAGGAGAAGCAGACCGUAUAUGAGAAAUUUGGCUCCAAUUUGCGAAUCCCUCUCAACUUCACUCGAACCGUUAAACCAUACGAUCCGUGCGACAUGAAUACUCAGAUCGAAUGGCCACGAUUGCUGAUAAAUGAUCAGACUACCCGAUUCUGCGAGAUGCUGGGAAUCGAUGAUCCUUCUGCUCUAUUACAGAUUAUCACAAACACUACGAUGGAUAACAAUAGAUCGAGCGAAUUGUCGAUGGAGGCAUCCAGCGAAUACACGCCAGAAUCCAUGGAUAUUUCAUUCGACGAGGAAAGCGUGUUCAGUUCCACCUUCGAGGAGAAUUCAACAAACAAGUAUUUCGUCGAUAACUCACCGACGAACUUUUCCUCUAAGAGCGAUGGCGAUGAUUCGGAUAACGGAGAUACGAGUAAAAGUACCUUGGAUGGAACAAUAAAUAGCUCAAACACAGAAACCACCACAGAAAUUGUAGAUUCCGCUUCGAUGGACGACAGUAACGAACAAACUGGUUGUGUCCAAACCGAGCCGAACUGCAAAAAGUUCAAACGCCGGAAUUAUUCUGUAUACUCUAUAUGGUGGAAAUUAGCUUAUGCUCCGAACAACGUGCCAACUCAGCUCUGUCAUCUCACUCUUUUGAUUGUCGAGUAUUCUGAGCGAAAAAUGGACAAGUUAACUAUCAUCUCGGUGUUACUCUUCUUUCUCGCGGAUAUCUCCGCCAUAAUCAGCAUCUCCAUGCCGGACUGGAUCAUUACUGACGUCGGCGGCGAUACAAGAUUAGGUCUCAUGUGGUCGUGUAUGACUUUAUACAACAGACCGCAGGUCUGUUUUAAAUCGCAAUUGGAAUCGGAAUGGAUGAUGGCACUGGUCUGCAUAUUUAUUGGUUGCAUUCUGAUCACAGCAACCGUAAUAUUAUUGAUACUUUCGCAUUGGGACCGUACUGUCAUUCCCUUUGCACGUUGGGUAGGAUUCGGUGCCAUGAUACUGUUUUGUAAUGCAGCAGUUAUAUUUCCAAUGGGAUUUCACAUUAAUGAAAUUGGUGGGCAACCAUAUCAGUUGCCUAAUUCGCAUCAAGUUGGGAUUGCUUACAUCUUGUUCGUUCUUGCUCUAUGGAUCACAGUAAUCUCUGAACUUUUUGCAGGCAAAGUUUGUCUACCACAUUUUUAGCAUUGUUCCAUAGUAGAAAUAUUUGUUAAUUAUCUUCUACUGACAUUUACACUAAUAUUAUUCAGUAUCGUUUAUAUUAAUGAUACAUAGAAUCUUUUUCAUCUUACAAUAACAAU